UCUUAGUUCAAAAACUAUAUAAUUUCUUUUGAGUUUUACUUUUAUUUAGUAAUAAAAUGUAAAUUUUCUCUAUAUAAUCGGAUCACUCAAAAGAUAAUUAUAGAUAAUUGUGUCUAUAAUAAUUGAAAUGAAUUAGUAUUUUAAGAAAAUAAGACAAGAUAUCAGCUACAAUGUGUUAAAAUUCACUGAUGAUAUAAAGUUCUUUAUACACAGUGUAUAUCUCACUAAAUCCUGUUCUUUUCCAACUCAAACCUCUUGCUAUCUCAACUUUCACCCUCAAACUUCAAAAACCCUCUUUAACACUCUAAGCUCUCCAAGAGUACUCCUUUUUCAUCAAACUCAAUAUAUUUCCCACACACUCUUCCACACCAUUUUUUUCACACUUGCAAGAACUUGAAGAAAACCACAAAAAAAAAAAAAAUGGAGAAUGAGAAACAGUUACCACCACUAGUGGUAGAACAAAGUCAUUCUUCAUCAUCAUCAUCUUCAAGUAGUACACAUGGAUCCAUAGAGACAUUGCUAGUAGUAUUAGCAGUAAUAACAAUACUUGGUGUUAUUGCUGGUAUUAUUGCUAGGCUAUGUGGUGGUAGACAUUUUAGUGGUAAUGGUGAAGAUGAUAUUGAAGGUUGGGUUGAAAGAAAAUGUAGAAGUUGUAUUGAUGGUGGUGUACCUAAUACUACUUCAACACAAGAAGAAGAAGCUAAAACGCCAACACCAGCACCAGCACAAGCACCAGCACCUGCACCGGCACCAACAACGGUAGAAGAAGCAAAAAAAUAAGAUAAAAAUAGAACUAGUGAGGCUUCUCUUUUUUCUUUUUUCAUUUUUUAUUUUGUUUAUAACGGCAGUGUCUAGGUCAGGUUACGAACAUUUAGGCUAUUCCGACAAAUACCUACUAUAAUAAAAAAAUCACUUAGUGAGGGGUCUUUUUAUUUUUCUUUCUACAUUUUCUAUUUUUCCUUUUCAUUUAUUUAGAAUGAUGACGAUAUGAAAUGAGCCUAUAAUAUGAGUCUGUAGAGAUUCAUAUGAUCGAUCCAACUUGUUUUAGUGUUUGGAAUUAAGACCGUUAUUAUUGUUGUUGGGAUGGUGGCUGCAGUGGAAGAUAAGUCUGACCAGAUAGUAAUUGUUGACUAUUAAUUUUUUUCUUCCCUCAAUGUGAAGUGAAAAAAACAGUUCUCUAUCUUUUCUU